AUGAAAGCACAUAACCAAACAGAACCUUUAGAAUUCAUCAUCCUUGGGUUUAAAGAUCUGCAGGAGGUACACUUCUUGCUCUUCAGUGGAUUCCUGGUCAUUUAUUUGUUCACAGUGCUGUGGAACACCUUCAUUAUUAUCAUAGCCACAUUGGAUCAGCAACUCAGAACCCCCAUGUAUUUCUUCCUUGGGAACCUCUCCUUUCUGGAUAUCUGCUACACUACCACCACUAUUCCCCAGAUGUUGGAUCUUCUUCUUAAGGAGAAAAGUAGCAUCUCUUACAUAGGCUGUCUACUCCAGCUGUAUUUUUUCUUUUCCUUUGUGGGUACUGAAUGCCUCCUUCUGGCAGUCAUGGCAUUUGACCGCUACAUUGCUAUCUGCAACCCUUUGCAGUAUUCUCUAGUUAUCAGAAGAAAUAUUUGCCUCCAACUGGUUACAACAUGCUGGGCUGGUGGUUUUCUCAAUUCUGCAGUGCACACAUAUUUUGCCUUCAGGUUACCUUUCUGUGGCGACAAUCGUCUAGAUGCUUUCUAUUGUGACAUCCCACCACUGCUAAAGCUGUCAUGUGGAGACAUUACUCUCAACCAAAAGCUUUUGCUAACCAUUGGCCUAUUCAUAGCUUGGACACCACUUUUUUGUAUCCUCCUAUCAUAUGCUUACAUCAUUUCAACUGUCUUGAAAAUACGAUCCACAGAAGGGAGACAAAAAGCCUUCUCCACCUGCUCUUCUCAUAUCACUGUGGUUCUCCUCUAUUAUGGCAGCUGCAUUUUUACCUAUUUGAGACCCAUUUCUUCCCUGUCAUCUGUGAACGCAAAGUUGAUCCCACUGAUGUACAGCAUCUUGACUCCAUUGUUAAAUCCUGUCAUAUAUACUUUGCGCAACAAGGAUGUGAAGAAAGCUUUGAGAACCAUAAUGGCAAAGAUGUGA